CCUUGACGUCGUGGCGAGAUCGUUAGCUCUGCAGGGACCCGGACGCGACCAAGGGGAGGCAGAAGGCAGGACAUGAAUAUAGUUACCAAAUCAAGAAGUUUGCAACUACUGGGAGCUGCAAAAGCAAAAACAAAAGCGAUUCUGUGAAAAUACAACUAUUUUUAGAAUAUCCUAAGCUAUUAUUUUAUGUUCAAGGGAAGAUUGCUUAAAAAAAAGAAGUUGCUUCUGUAAAUUAAAUGUGAUUUCUCUUUGGAGCAAGGAGGAUAUCCUGGAUUGAGGGUUGACAAGAGGUCUGUGCACAGAAUGUGAGAUCCACUGGGACAGGGACUGGAUUUAUUAUCUUCCUCACACCUAGAACCAUGCCAAUUGAGGACUCUGCACUUGCCCAAGAGAAGAAUCUAAAGAAAUCAGAGCAGCCCAGGUAGUUCUGAAAGCCAUGGCACAGGGCCUGGUAACAUUCAGGGAUGUGGCCAUAGAGUUUUCUCAGGAAGAAUGGAAGUGCCUGGAACCUGCCCAGAGAAACUUGUACAGGGAUGUGACUCUGGAGAACUUCAGUAACUUGGUGUCACUAGGACUUUCCAUUUCUAAGCCUGACCUCAUUUCCUUACUGGAACAAGGGAGAGAACCCUGGAUGAUUGCAAAUGACGUGACAGGACCAUGGUGUCCAGAGCUGGAGUCCAGGUGUGAGAAAUUUCCACAAAAAGAUAUUUUUGAAGUGGAGUCAUUCAAUUGGGAGAUCAUGGAAAGCCUUAAAUGCUGUGAUUUUGAGGGCUCCAGUUUUGGAGAUGACUGGGAAUGCAAAGGCCAAUUUGAAAGACAACGAGUAACUCAGGAAUGCUGUUUCAAGCAAGUAAAAAUCACAUAUGAAAACAUGCCCACUUUUGAGCAUCAUACAUCCCUCACUUUACAUCAGAACAAUGAGAUUGGUGAAAAACUGAUCGAAUGUAAUGAGUGUGGGAAAGCAUUUAGCCGUGGCUCACACCUUAUUCAGCAUCAGAAAACUCAUACUGGUGAAAAACCAUUUGACUGUAAGGAAUGUGGGAAGACCUUUAGUCGUGCCUCACACCUUGUUCAACAUCAGAGAAUUCAUACAGGUGAGAAACCUUAUGAUUGUAAGGAAUGUGGGAAGGCCUUUGGUCGUACUUCAGAACUUAUUCUACAUCAAAGACUUCAUACUGGUGUCAAACCCUAUGAAUGUAAAGAAUGUGGAAAGACCUUUAGACAGCAUUCACAACUUAUUCUGCAUCAAAGAACUCACACGGGUGAGAAACCCUAUGUAUGUAAAGACUGUGGGAAGGCUUUUAUUCGUGGCUCACAACUUACUGUUCAUCGGAGAAUUCAUACAGGUGCAAGACCCUAUCAGUGUAAAGAAUGUGGGAAAGCCUUCAGACAGCAUUCACAGCUUACUGUCCACCAGAGGAUUCAUACUGGUGAGAAACCCUAUGAGUGUAAGGAAUGUGGGAAGGGCUUUAUUCAUAGCUCAGAAGUUACUCGACAUCAAAGAAUUCAUUCUGGGGAGAAACCCUACGAAUGUAAGGAAUGUGGGAAGGCUUUUAGACAACAUGCACAGCUUACACGACAUCAGAGGGUUCAUACUGGUGACAGACCCUAUGAAUGUAAGGACUGUGGGAAGGCCUUUAGUCGUAGUUCAUACCUUAUUCAACAUCAAAGAAUUCAUACAGGUGACAAACCCUAUGAAUGUAAGGAAUGUGGGAAAGCCUUUAUCCGUGUUUCACAACUGACUCAUCAUCAGCGAAUUCAUACUUGUGAGAAACCCUAUCAAUGUAGGGAAUGUGGAAUGGCCUUUAUUCGUAGUUCACAACUUACUGAACAUCAGAGAAUUCAUCCUGGUAUCAAACCUUAUGAAUGUAGAGAAUGUGGGCAGGCCUUUAUUCUUGGCUCGCAGCUCAUCGAACACUACAGGAUCCAUACUGGUUAGAAAGCCUUGAAUGUUAAGGGUAUAGGAAAGCCUUUACAUGGAUUUCACACCUGACUCAAUAUUAGGUAAUGUGUAAUGUAAUGUGAUUCAUGUCAGAAAACCCUCACUUGUCAUUUCCAUUACGGAACAUGGGAUUAUUCCUACCAGAAGAAAAUUCAAUAAAUGCAGGAAUUCU